CUGACUUAAACGACUGCCUUACAGUACAACUCCGGCAGGAAGCAUUCUUGGAGGAAGCUGGAGAUGUCAGGAUAUCCAAAUGUUCGAGGAGCCAAAAUAAAACGUCAAAACCACGAACAUGAACCCUUCAUGAACCAUCCCCGCCCUCUCCACGCAAUCGCCCUCGCCAUCAUUGGGUCCAUCCAAAAGCAAUGGCCUCGGUCCUUUCCCUCGGCCUCGAUCAGCCUACCGGCCUUCAAUAUGCCAUUCAGGAGCACCUCCUGCCCCCUGAUCCCGAGAAUACCGACUACAAAUGGCACAGCUACUGCAACGGUGAUCCUGACUCGACAUACGACGAAGACGAGCUACUCGUAACCCCACGAUGCGUUAUUUGGUCCAGAGGAGGAGUCUUUCGGAAAUGCUACAAAUUCGACCUAGAAAAAGAACCCAUCACGCAAGCCUUGUUGACCUCCUUCCCAAGCGUUGGGCCUCUGGUUAAAAAUGGCACAAAAGAAGUGGAAAAGAACAAGGGAGAUGCGAAGAGAGAGGCAGCUAUUGUGGUUUUCCUGGUAACCCAGGCGCAUGUGUAUUUUCUCUCGGGAACUAGCCAUGUUAUACAUCUGCCAUUUGAGGUGGAAUGUGCCAUUGCGGCCCCGUGUGGAAUAAUUAUACAACGAAAACUACGGGUCGAUCACCUAGCUGCUGCGUCGUUGAAAUUCCCAAAAGUCCCGCCAAAUUCCUUCAUUUCUUCACAACCGCCGCCAUUGUCAGCGUCCAAUUCACAGCAGUCUACCUUUUCUAUUGCGGAUUUAGGGGCCCCGAAACAGAUAUCCCUUCAGUUUAAUACUACAUUGAAAGACUUUUGGGAUCCACCGGCAUUGAAAAGUGAUACAAGCUGGCCCCGGUUGUUUUCUCUUACCGAUCCUCUCUCAGAACUAGGCUUACUGGUAGCUCAGCCCUCAAAAGCAGAUAUGAAGCAUCGUCGGCGAUCAAUGAGGAUAUCAGCACUAAAUACUGCAGAAGAGAUUCUGCAUAUUUCACGCCGAGGAGAAUUUGACAAGCCCAGCGAUCAAUCUUUGGUUUUGGCACUGACCUUGAACCGGGAAACUGGCAUGUACACGGUCUGGAAAAUGGCAUAUAUGGGAGAAGCAAGUUUGAGCGAAAAGCAGCGUGUAGCGAGCGAUCCAAGUAGACGCAGAAGUUCAUUCAUGCCAGGUACUGCAACAGGAGCCACGACGCCUGUGAUGAACAGCCAGGCUACAUUUGGGCGAGAAAGUUUCGCUGGCGUUCAGCCAGUGAAAAAUGGUAAGAAACAAGAGGGGGCCAAAGAGAAGGUUGUCGAUUUUGUCGCGACACUCGAUCCAGACUUUGAAGGCGGGAUAAUUCCAAGACGAAAGUCUCGUAGGGUUAGCUCGAUGCUCGCCCGGGCAGAUUUAUCUGCAAACCAUGAACGACCUGCAUUUACUGAAAAGUCCGCCCAGCAUGGUGUAGGUCGACGUGGCGAGUCCCUUGGAAGUCAACAUACAAGAACUAGCAUUGGUGGCUAUGCUGGGGGCAACGGGCCAAGCUUUUCUCAACCUCCACAAUUCAACCAGAAUCUGAACAGCUUUCUAGAAGCACCAGUUGAUGAUUUACUGGACGAGCUCCGAGCGGGAGGAGACUUUGAAGGCUUCCACAGUAUGGGCUUAGACGACGAGGAAUUUGAUGCUCUUCGUCAAGAAGUCAUGCUUACCAAGGUUUGCUCAGUCCCCGUUGAACAUAAAAAUAUUCGAUACUCCAGUCAACAGUUGCCGGCGACAAGUCAGUGCAAAGUUUUUACCCUCACUGCUCCUAUGUCUGCUACAGACGACCAGCAAGGAAGCGCCAUUGUUAUAUGUGUUUUGGACCCAGAUGAGCAAAAGCUUUUAGUCUUGACUCUAUAUAGAAAGAUUCAUUCUAGCGUCAAUCAUGAUGGCCCAAUUAGGGGGAGAAAGGCGAAGGACAUUAACAUUUUGUCUCUGGCCUCAUCAAUGAGGGCAGAUGAUGUUAUUGAUGCUUGCAGACUUGACGAUGGUCAUGUUUCUCGCAUCAUGGUCUUGAGUAGCACGCCUGAUGGCUACGGUGAAAUCAGUUUACAAGCGCCGUGGAGUAAUUUGACGAAAAUUCCACUCCCGACUAAAUUUGCCUCUAGCAACACUCGAAGUCUUGGUCACAACGCUACGCCACAUGCUAGACGCGAAGGUGGGUUCAAACGCGUUCUGAGUCAGGGGCCUCGAGCCCUACGAGGAAUACGAAACUCCAAGCCUCGUGGUGUUGUUGAUUUGCUUGAUGAUGAAGGCAAAAUGCACCAACUUCAGGUUCGCCUUGAACCCCGAAACCCCCAUGUCUGCAAGAUACUUGAGGUUUGUAGAGCUGUCGUGCCGGGUCCAAGUGGCGGCGAAGGAGUGCUCGUGGGGUGGUGGACAGUGAUGCAAUGGAUCCGUUUGGAAUCAAUAGAGACCGUAGAUGCCGAAUGGACUGCUCUCGUUAUUACACUCUUUUCUCUGUCCCUAGGUCUAAACAACGAGCCCAAAGCUAGGCGGCGGAAAACCAACCCCAAGAAAAAACCACGCCCUCACAUGCGAUCUAGCAGUGGCGCUCAGACAGAUUCUGUAAGCUGGGAGACUAUGAUUUCACAAGAAACUGCAAAUGGGAACCCCCUACCAUCUUGGGCGAACAAUCCUGCUUGGAGUUGGCUUUCAGAGCCAGAAGAUUAUUCCUCUUCUGGCGUAGGUAUUUUGGAUCCAAUCCUCGCGUCAAACCCACAAGAUGAGGGUCAAUUUCUUCAAAGACAUUUAAAGCUUGCUCGUGAGUUCAUAAACUCUUCGUUUGGCGAGACAACAGUUCACGGCACCUUACCAACCACGGGGGAGAGAGAUCCAAAAUCUCGCAAGGCAGCUCUUGUUGAUACAGUCAUUGGACUUCACCUUUUCCGGGAGGAGCAAAAACUAGACAUCAUGACAGCUGAUGCCUUUACCACCGGCGCUACGAGCUUAACACCCGUUCUGGCGCAGAUUGUCAGGUGGUUGAAAUGGCCAACUUGGGUGGCCCGGUACGAGGUCGAGGAAGCUCAAUUGUUAGAUAUGGUUUAUGACACUGGUAUGGAUUUCAUUCAACUGAUCGAUUGAAGCUAACUUACAAAAUAGAAUCAUCUAUUGAGUCUCCAAUAAAUGAACCUCUAGAGUGCCCUUCGGUAUACGACUGGAUUCAGAGUUGCUUCACCUCUGGUGCUCGAACCGAAUUCAUGACAAUGCCAUUAUUAAUUCGAACGCGGACUCAAGCUUUGGCCAGGAGAGCCCCAUCUCUCGAUCAAUGGAUGAGAUUGACGCCCAGAACCUUGCUCUUCGAUAAGCUUUUCAGCCUUAUGUUGCCAAAUUGGUCUGCUGUGCAAUUUGUGGAAGCCCUUUUUGCUGUAGGAGUAGACAUUCUCCUACUUGGGACAUUACCAGAGGCGAUUUUGAUCCCUUUGAAAGAAGCCCUUGCCCAAUGUCAACCAGAGCCGCCGACGACCUGGAGUAAAGAGCUGCUUGCCAUGACAGGUCGAGAAGAUGUCAAAAUGCUUUUGAACCCCGGACAACGACCACGAGUAACCCAAUCUAGCUUGCUGGUUCCUACUCAUGAAUCAAAUAUAGAUGUUCAUACGAUAUGCAUAUCAACAUUGGAUGCGGAAUCCACGCGACCAUUUGAUGGCGCUGCCGAAAUGGAUCGGCAGACCAUCACUCGUGCCAUGUUCAAGGAUGACAGAAGAAUGAAUGAAGCUAUGAGCAUACUCAACACAUCCAGACCUACGGUGGCACGUUGCAAAUCCGAACCACAUUGGUCGGAGUCUGAAUUACUGGAGGCACAAAAAGAACAUGCUCAAAUGCUGGCUUACCGUACUUUGGCGAUCCCGGCUGGGCGAGGAUUGAUGUAUUUCAGUGCUCGAGUGCCUCUUUUGACUGAGCGGCUUAUGAUCGGAGGGUUUAAUCUAAGUUGUGUGAUGAAACCUGACAACAACACUGUCGGGGUUGAAAAGAGUGCCUACACAGAAGAGAAGGUGUGUUGGGCGUUCUUCCAUGCGGGCGUUGCUGCUGGGCUGAGCAUAUCUCGAGAUGCAAAAGGGAUUGACACAUCUUGGAUUCUUUUCAAUAAACCAGUUCAAGAUUUGAGUAACCGGCAUGCUGGAUUUCUACUUGCUCUGGGGCUCAAUGGCCACUUGAAAUCUGUCGCUAAAUGGGUUGCCUUCAAAUAUCUGACGCCCAAGCACACCAUGACUUCCAUUGGGCUGCUUCUAGGUCUGGCUGCUUCUUACAUGGGUACGAUGGACUCGCUUAUAACACGGCUUCUGUCUGUCCAUGUCACUCGAAUGCUACCCCCAGGAGCAGCAGAACUCAAUCUAUCGACGUUGACCCAAACAACCGGUAUCAUGGGAAUCGGACUACUAUACUGCAAUACUCAACACCGUCGCAUGAGUGAAAUAAUGGUGUCUGAGAUUGAACACAUUGACACUGAAACCGAAGAAGAACCAUUGAGAAAUGAAGGGUAUAGACUCGCUGCUGGAUUUGCUCUUGGUUUCAUCAAUCUUGGGAAAGGCUCUGACCUCCAGGGUCUUCAUGAUAUGCGGCUUACUGAAAGACUGCUUACAUUGGCAGCAGGCGCUAAAAAGGUUGAUCUCGUUCAUGUUUUAGACAAAGCUACUGCUGCAGCAGUUAUGGCGAUUGCACUUAUAUUCAUGAAAUCUGAGAACCAAGUCCUUGCUCGGAAAAUCGAUGUUCCAGAUUCUCUUUUGCAGUUCGAUUAUGUCCGACCAGAUAUUUUCCUGCUGCGAACACUAGCAAAAAAUCUGAUCCUGUGGAGUAAGAUUGAACCAUCAUUCGCAUGGAUUAAGAGUAGCCUGCCGACAACUUACCGGUACCGAGCUACUUUGGAAAAUGUCAAGGUACUGACAAGUGACGAUUUACCCUUCUACGAUAUUGUUACUGGCCUUUGCUUUAGCAUUGCAUUACGAUAUGCAGGUUCAGGUUCAACCCCAGUCCGCGAUUUGCUAAUUCAUUAUCUGGAUCAGUUGAUUCGGAUUUGUCGGAUUGAAGCAGAGACGUAUGACCAGAAGCUGACAAGAAAUACCGUUCGAAAAUGUCAAGAUUUACUUGCCCUCGGACUUGCAACCAUCAUGGCAGGUUCAGGCGAUCUGGAGGUUUUCCGACGUCUGCGUUCUCUUCACGGUCGUGAUGACAGCGCAACUACCUAUGGAAGUCAUCUUGCUUCUCACCUCGCGAUAGGGGCACUAUUCUUAGGCGGCGGGACUUUCACAUUUGGAACAUCAAAUAUGGCAAUAGCCGCACUCCUCGUGGCAUUUUACCCCAUCUUCCCAUCGUCGGUUCAAGAUAACAAAUCUCAUCUCCAAGCCUUCCGACAUUUCUGGGCACUAGCUGCCGAACCAAGGUGUCUGAUAACUCGAGAUAUUGAUACCAACCAGCCUGUUCCCGUACCCGUCACUAUCACUCUGCGGGAUGGCUCUCAAACCAAAGGCCACACGCCCGGGCUUCUCCCAGAAUACGAAAACAUGCAAUCCAUACGCACCGACAGCUCAGAAUACUGGAAUGUAGUCCUGGAUCUACAAUCCAACUCUCAACAUCUUCAGAGUCUGAAGUCUAACCAAACCAUCCACGUUCGCAAACGCCAACCUCACGAUUCCAAUACCUCCGUCUUCAACGCUACUCUACAAACCCUCAAUGAUUCAUCGACCUCCUCAAGUGCCACUAUAUCCAAAUCCUCGCCUGUCAAUUCCCUGGAAUGGAUCUUUGAUCUUGAUGCUUUUAAGACGUUCACCAAGGCAGAGAGAGCACUGGUUCUUCCUGUGGGUGAUUCUGGGACUGGAGGUGGUGUGGGUAGUGUGAGUGUGGUUAGUGAUAUGAUGAGGGGGACGAGGGGUACGGUUGUGGAUUCACGGUUGUUGCUCGAGGGAGCUAUGAAUAGUGGGAAGAGAGAUAGGGUUGUGGGGUUGAGGUUUUUGUUUGAGUGGAUGGAUGGGAGGAUCAAGGAGGGUGGGGAGGUUGGGUGGGUUAGGAGGGAAGUGGUGGAGAGGUUGAAGAGUAGUGUUUGGGUGUUGAUUGAGGGUCGGAGGUAG